AUUGUUUUGUAUAUAAAUACACGCUCUUAACAAAGAGACAAGGCAACUCCAGUUGCAUAUGUGCUACGCAUUUUUUAGGAACAAAGAGAGCAAAUAGUCGCAUUCAUAGAAUUGAGAAAUUAAGAGAAACUAGCUAGCUUUACUAUAUAUCUAGCUUUUUGUGUAUAUAUAUAAUUAAUCAUGAAGAGAUCACCUUGUUGUGAUAAAAUAAGGAUUAAGAAAGGGCCUUGGACUCCAGAGGAGGAUAUAAUUUUGGUGUCUUAUAUUCAAGAACAUGGACCUGGGAAUUGGAGCUCAGUUACCUCCAAUACAGGUUUGAUGAGAUGCAGCAAAAGUUGCAGACUUAGAUGGACCAAUUAUCUCCGGCCAGGUAUCAAACGAGGUAGCUUCACUGAUCAUGAAGAAAAAAUGAUAAUCAACCUUCAACAACUUUUGGGAAAUAGAUGGGCUGCCAUAGCUUCUUAUCUUCCACAGAGGACAGACAAUGACAUAAAAAACUAUUGGAACACACAUUUGAAGAAAAAGCUAAAGAAGAUUCAAACAAGUAGUAACAAUGAAAAAGAAGGAAUCACUAUUCCAAUUGUAAAAGGUCAGUGGGAGAGAAGGCUUCAAACAGAUAUUCAUAUGGCAAAACAAGCUUUGUGUGAGGCACUUUCCAUUGACAAGUCAACAAAUAUUAUUUUACCUGAAAAAAACAACAUCAUGAGUUACAAUAACUAUGCAACCAACCCCACAACAUUAAACCAAACAUCCUCUUAUGCAUCAAACACUGAAAACAUAGCUAGAUUGCUAGAAAAGUGGAUGAAAAAACCACAAAAUUCAGCUUAUACAAUAAAUUCAGGAAAUUCCUUUAGCAAUAUGGUCACAACAACAGGAUCCAGUUCUAGUGAAUGCACACAAAAAGAUUAUGCUUUUGGUUCUAUGUUGAGCUUUAAGCACUCCUAUAAUUCUGAUUGUUCACAAUCUUUGUCAGUUGAUGAAAACAACAACUUGACAAUGGAUUAUUGCCUUUUUCAAGAUGAAAGUAAGCCAAAACAGGUAACUCAAGCCCCCCUCACUUUUUUGGAAAAGUGGCUUUUUGAUGAUGGGGCUGUUCAGUGCAAUGAAGAUCUAAUGAACAUGUCAUUGGAGGAAAAUACAUCAGGGUUGUUUUAGAAAAUAGUUCAAUAUAUAUAUUUACUAACUGUCUUUUUUUUUUUUGAAAGGUUUAAGAAAUUUUAGUUCAUAUAAAAUUUAAUAUAUUUUUUACUCUCAAUAAAGAAUUUCUUAACUUAUUACUCCU